AAACGAGUAUAAAAACAAUGAAUAAUUGAGGUUUUUUUACUGAGUAGUUAGGUGGCGCCUAAGAUUUUACACUUCAUUAUUGUUCAAGAUUACUUAACAGUUAAAAACUAAAUUUAUUUACCUUUAAUUUUAUACCAAUUGUAGUUAUCAAAAUUAAUACAAAUCCUAGAAAACGAUUUUUGAAAAAUGGCUACGAUGCUAUGACUGAACGAUGGGUUAGUUUUUAAGGAGUGUUGUUGUGACGCAUUUGACUGUUCAGUAGAAAAGUAUAAUCUGCUAGAUUUCGUCCCAUUCAAAUUCAUGACGGAAAAAUGGGCAAGCUUAAUUUGUUGUUGUGUUAAAUGUUUUAUAUUGUAUUUUUUUUCACCCUACAUAAUUUUUUUCAAUUAAUAAAACAUUGGUUUAGUAAGACAUAAUAUAUAAUUUUCUCUCUAAUAUAAGUUAAUAUAACAGAUUUGAGUGUUUUCAAAAUAGUAUUAAAUAUGGUAAUUAACGUUUUUAUUACCUUAUGUUCAGCUAGAUAUUCUCAACUAUUAAGCCAAAAAAAAGUACAAAAAGCAAGUUUACAACAAUCACUAAUUGUCAAUUGUUAAAACUAGAUCAGUCUUGUUGAAUAAAAGGCAAAAAAUGACAAUUACAAUUAUGUGUUGUUGAAAUGACAAUCAAACAUAGCUAAAACAAGAAAUCCAGGUAUUGUUGUUUUCUGCAGACAUCAUUACCAUAAGGACGUUAAAAAAAGUAGGUUAAGCGACAGGCUAAUUUCAGGCCGAUUAUAUUUAAAUCUUAUUUACUUUGCAAUGGAAUUUGUUAAAUUUGGGAUAUAAAUUGAAUUAAAAUAAUAUUUGGCGUAAUUUUACUUUCUUACGGAGACUAAGUAAAAUAACUAGAAAUAUUUUCUCUAAAAUUCAUCUAGCAGCCUAGCAGAGUCGACAGCAUGUUAGACAUUCUUUUUAAGCUGCAGGUCUGAAACCUAUGCAGUUAUAAUACAUUUUUUUUAUAUGUUAUAAAUGUUUUAAAUAUUUUAAAUUAUUAUUUGUUAUAGCUAUUGUAAUACGAUCUGAGUCCCACCAAUAUUAACAAUUUUUGUUAAAAUACGUUUGACAGGUCAAGACUAAAGAGAUUAAUGUUUGUAUUUAUUAUACUAUUUACUGAUGAAUGCAUAGACAUUUAAGAAAAAAAAUUUGUCAGCAAAGAAAAAAAGAAAGAAAAAAAUACUAAUAAAUAACCAGGUUUUUAACAGAAUUAUUUAAAGCAGUGCACUGGUUUAGAGCUUCACAGCUAAAAGAGGCAAAAAUUUAGUUAUAAUGGCUGAAAAUAUAGGACACCAUUCUACAGAUAGCAAAACCCAUCAUUACAGCAAUAGUAUGCUAAGUUCAUUUUCACUUCACUCAAGAGUUGAGUCAUUACUGAACAAAGGUGUUAGUCAUAGUCAGCAGCACAUCAUGAGACCAGACAUUCAGCAUGAGUUAGACAUUGUGAAUCAGAGUUUGAGUGUUUGUCUUGAUAGCAACAAUGGCAAUAACAAACAUACACAAUUGGAUCAUGAACACAUAAAUGAACCAUCUACAAGUGUUGGGGUUUCUUUUCAGCCUGUAAAAAUUUCAUCAUUACAUAGAAAUGAAGGACUUAUCCAUAAAAACACUAGUCACAACCAACAUGUUCUUCGAAAUGAUUUGAGGCAUGAUUUGGAUAUUGUAAACCAAAGUCUUGCAUCUUGCGUAGAAGACAAAAAUAGCAAUAACAAGCAAAGAAUGAAUCCUCAAAUGGAUAAUGACCACAUAAAUGAGUCAUCUACAAGUGGGAAUAGUCCUUUUCAUUCAGUUAAACCAUCUUCUAAUCAGGAUAUGGCAGAUUAUUUUAUGUAUACAGGAAAUAAUGCCAAGAUAAAUGUUGAGGCUCUUUAUAGUAGUAGAGGUAAUGAGUUUACUCUUGAGAAAGAACAACUUAACAAAAAUAUAUCCACGGAUGACGAUGGUCCACUCUAUAAUUCAGAGGUUUUCAAAAGUAGUAUUUCAACACCAAAUCUACAGGAUGAUGUCACUCUAGAAAAAAUUUUCAAAUGUGAAUUGUGUAGCAAAAUAUUUAGCAACAGCUUUUUCUUGAGGCAGCACACUUUGUUUCAUACUGGUGAUAAGCAGUUUGUAUGUGGAACUUGCGGCCAUAAAUGUUUUUAUAAGAGCCAAUUGAAAGAGCAUGAACGCACUCAUACUGGAGAAAAACCUCACAAAUGUCAUAUUUGUGAGACUGGUUUUGCUAGAAAAGAUGCUUUGAAAAGACAUUUGAGAUCGCACAUGGAUGAAAAACCGUACAAGUGUGAUGUAUGUGAAAAAGAGUUCAAGCAUAAACCUUAUCUACAGAUUCAUAAAAAAACUCAUACUGGAGAAAGACCUCAUAAAUGUGAAAUAUGUGAAAAGAUGUUCUCACGAAUCGAAAGCUUAAAACGACACCGUAUUUCCCAUAUCAAAGAUAAAGCCUAUCCUUGUAAUUACUGUGACAAAAGCUUUAAAUGUCUCACCUACUUACAUAAUCAUACUCAAAAUCACACUGGACAAAAGCUAUAUGGUUGUGAUUUGUGUGAAAAAAAAUUCAAAUACCCAGCUCUUCUUAAAAAACACAAAAUGAAACACACAGGAGAAAGACCAUUUCGCUGUGACUUAUGUGAUAAAGGUUAUUUUACUGCAACUGAACUUAAAAUACAUAAAAUGAAUCAUGCUGCAACAGAUCCACCAUUUCAUUGUGAUUUUUGUGGCAAAGGUUUUCAUAUGAAUGACUUGUUUCAAGCUCAUGUGAGAACUCAUGCAGGUGAUCGUCUAAAAUGCCGAUAUUGUGAAAGUACUUUCACUCAACAAUCUGCUUUAUUGUCCCAUGAAAGAAUGCAUACAGGAGAUAAGCCAUACGUUUGUAAUACUUGUGGAUUAACAUAUACACAAUUGGCCUCCUACAAUGCCCAUAUACAGACUCACAUUGGAGAAAUGCCAUAUAAAUGUGAACCUUGUGGACGAAGGUACCAGCAUUAUGCAAGUUUUCGAUAUCACCAAAAUGUUUGUGCAUUUUAUAAUCCUCCUGUACCAAAACAAAAUCCAGAGCAGUGUUAGCCCAUGCUAUGUGUGUGUGUGUGUAUAUAUAUAUAUAUAUAUUCACUUCAUUUGUAUUAUAUUUAUAGUUGCUGCUUUUUAAAAUGAAGUUCAUAAACGACCUGAAAUUUGUGUCAACUUUAUAAAACAAUUUAUUAUUACUUCAACCUAAGGCCAUUGAUCAAAUCAUCAACUCUGCCUUUUAAUUUGAGUUUUAAACACAGCUAAGUAUGAAGCUUCUUUCAGGUACAAAUGUGUAGCUAUAAAUAAUUUAUACAAUACAAUAUCUGACUUUCAAUGACUUUUAUAAAAAGUUUUAAUGUCAGCCCUGAGUGCAGUAGAAUUGUUCUUGAAUUGUAAAAAAUUCCUGUAAUGCAGAAAAAUAUUUUGCCCUAGUGUACUAUUAGGUUUGAUUUCAAGAAGGCAUACAAACCCUAAUAGUUAACUUAUAAAAUUAUUAUCCAUUAAUUAGUCUUUUUGCAGAAAUGCAUACCCAAAAAUUAUUUUAUUUGGGUAUGCUUGGGUGUAGCAGACCUGUAGGCAUAUGCUAUAUCAAAAUGGUUCACACAUACUGUUUGCAAUAGCAGUCGGAAAUCAUUAACAUUUAGUCAAUUAGCUGCUACAAGAAAAUCUUAAUAAUUAACUAUCAGUUAUGUAUUUUUUGUAUAGGCUUGCAACUUCUGUUUAACAUUAUGGUUUUAGAGAUUUCAUUUUUGGUUAAUCAGGAAAAUUCACUAGGCUACUUCACUGUUGGUAUCACAGCCGUGAUGCUGAAGUUAUUAUUAAAAAUAAUAAAUAUGUAGUUAGUUUAUUGAAGUGCAUAAAAUAACAUUAAGGUGUCAUCAAAUAAUAACGCCACAAGUAAUUUGAAUUUUUCCCAGUGGAUCUGGUAUUUAAAGUUAAAACUUUAUGUACCUGCUUCUGUCCGAUAAUGCAGUCCCAUUCUUUCUCUCUCCCUCUUAUUGAGUUUUUUUUUUAUGUAAUAAGUUUUUUCCAUUUGUAUCACUAGCGUACUUUUUGAGCGUUGCUGUGAUCUUGUUUGAUACCAUAGAGUGAUACAACAUUUUAUUAGGGAUUCAGCGCAUUAACAAUUUUUUAUUUUUAUGUGUGUCUUUGUUUUCAAAACUGAGUUACUUAAAAUGAAAGCAAUGCUGGUGCUAUAUUUCUUGAAUUAAAUGUUAGUUGUUGGGCUACACUAAUACCCAGAUGCCCCAUGGCCUUGAGUGUACUUUAAUCACCCUUUCAAAUAGUGUGAUAGAACACCCCUAUGUAAAAAAGCCAGAUGUUUGGGGUAUUGCAUGGCACUCUUAUGAGUUACUAGUUACACUACAGCAAGUGCCGGCGCCAGGUCAUUUAGCACCCUAGGCAAAACU